ACUUAAUAAUUAGCGAGGGAAGCCAUUGGCCCGCGAAGAAGGGGUGGGUCCACUAGCGGGGCUGGCUCCUUAUUCUCCUCGCCUGCCGAAGUCCAGCGGAGCGGUUGGUGAAGUUUGUGAUCGGCGGGUCCGUCGCGCUCUCGAUUCUUGGCGUCCUUCUUGUCGAGAGCCGUGUGCAAAAGCCUCGAGCGUUUUGGGGUCUCACAAAAUGGCUGAUCCUCAGGACAGCGCUAGUCAGCAGCUGAAGCGGUGGAGAGAACUACGCGGCUCGCAGAAAGCAGAUGCCUUGACCACAGGAGCAGGAAUUCCAGUGGGAGACAAGUUGAACCUCAUGACUGUGGGUCCACGAGGCCCUCUCUUGGUUCAGGAUGUCGUUUUCACUGAUGAGAUGGCACACUUUGAUCGAGAGAGGAUUCCUGAGAGAGUUGUACAUGCCAAGGGAGGAGGAGCUUUUGGUUAUUUUGAAGUGACUCAUGAUAUCACAAAAUAUUGCAAAGCAAAGAUAUUUGAGCACAUUGGGAAAAGGACUCCACUUGCUAUCCGAUUUUCCACAGUUGCUGGAGAAUCAGGCUCAGCCGAUACGAUUCGUGACCCUCGAGGUUUUGCAAUGAAAUUUUAUACAGAAGAGGGCAAUUGGGAUCUUGUUGGAAACAACACUCCCAUCUUCUUUAUCCGGGAUGCAAUGCUGUUUCCAUCCUUCAUCCACACCCAAAAGAGGAAUCCACAGACUCAUCUGAAAGAUCCAGACAUGGUAUGGGAUUUCUGGAGUCUCCGCCCUGAGUCUCUACACCAGGUGUCAUUCCUGUUCAGUGAUCGUGGCAUUCCAGAUGGAUUUCGCCAUAUGAAUGGCUAUGGAUCUCACACUUUUAAGCUUAUAAAUGCCAGUGGCAAAGCAGUAUACUGCAAAUUUCAUGUUAAGACUGAUCAAGGAAUCAAAAACCUUUCUGUCGAAGAAGCAGGAAGAUUGGCUUCAGAAGAUCCUGACUAUGCUUUGCGUGAUCUCUAUAAUGCUAUUGCUGAUGGAAACUAUCCAACAUGGAGUUUCUACAUCCAGGUUAUGACAUUUGAACAAGCUGAGCGAUUUCCAUUUAAUCCUUUUGAUGUAACUAAGGUUUGGUCUCAUAAAGACUAUCCUCUCAUCCCUGUGGGAAAAGUGACCUUAAACCGGAACUCUGUCAAUUAUUUUGCUGAGGUGGAACAACUGGCUUUUGACCCAAGCAAUAUGCCCCCAGGCAUUGAACCCAGCCCUGAUAAAAUGUUGCAGGGUCGCCUUUUCUCAUAUCCAGAUACUCACAGGCAUCGUCUUGGACCCAACUAUCUUGCAAUUCCAGUAAAUUGUCCCUACCGAGCUCGAGUUGCCAAUUACCAAAGAGAUGGAUUUAUGUGCGUUUCUGACAACCAAGGUGGGGCCCCAAACUACUAUCCAAACAGCUUUACUGGUCCUGAGGAUCAGCCUAACUUAAAGGAAGCACGUACACUUCUUUCAGGAGAUGUGACACGUUUCAAUAGUGCAAAUGAAGAUAAUGUGUCUCAAGUACGAGACUUUUAUACCAAAGUACUGAAGGAGGAUGAACGCCAGAGGCUUUGUGAGAAUAUUGCUGGCCAUCUUAAGGAUGCUCAAAUAUUCAUCCAGAAGAAAUCUGUGCAAAACUUUACUGAUGUUCAUCCAGACUAUGGUGCACGCAUUCAAGCCCUCUUGGAUAAACACAAUGCUCAAAGUAACAAGAAGGGACACGUUCAUACUUAUACACAAACUUCGUCCCAUGCUAUUGCAAAGGAAAAGGCUAAUUUGUGAACGGCAUCCUCUGUGGAUAGUUGGUCCCAUUCCAACUUACGUCCGUCCAACUGGAAAAUAAGCUGUGGAAGAUAUUAACAAAAGAGGCUAAUAUUCUUGUUUUUCAGAAGUGUGGCUUGGGCUGGGAGCUGCAAUAUAAAAAUAGUCAAAAUUGCAAUGUGAUUAAAAGUCAACAGAAUGAUAACCGUAUGCCUUCCAGCAUUAUCUGUCUAACAGUCUAUUCUGGCAAUAACUUUUAAGUCACGUGACUAAGGUGUAUUCUACAAUAACUUGGCUGCUUUUUGCAUAUUUUUAAUUUUUGCUUUUUUAUUCUUUUAAUUGUUUCUGUUUACUGAAAAGAGAUAAUUCCGAUAUCUUUUACAUAUGGAUACUAGCAUUGUAAUUAAGCAGUUAUCAUUUAUCUAGAAAAAAUUUCAGGAACUAUACAUAUUCAAACAUUCAGUUGCUUUUUGAUAAAUUACUCUGUUAAGGUCAUUUGCCACAUUCAUACAUACAUAAGCCUUUAUUGGCAUAAUCAAAAAGCAAGAUGAAUAUGUUAAGGUCAUUUGCAUAAUGCAUUUGAAACCUGCUUCUGUAGCUUCUCCUCCAAAAAGAAUUACCGUAUAUACAAGCUUAGCUUUCUGUGGUGCUAAAAUUUUAGCUUGCUAAAGCUAAGAUGCAAGAUGGAUUACAUUAAGCAUAUUUGAAACUUCAGAUUUGAAAAUUAAAAAAUAAACUGUAAUAAAAAACUAA